GCCCAUCAAAGAAAGAUAAGAAGAAGGAAGGGCACUUUCUUUUAUUCUGGAAUUUUGGUUGAAAAAUAGGCACCUGGACCUAGGGUUUUAUAUGCCCUCGAGCUCACAGAGAUAGAAGAGAAGCGGGGAGAGCCCCCCAAAUCCAACCUCCCACGAAGUCGAACAUAACACCUUCAACGCUACCUCUUAGAAAAGUCACUUUCCUGACAAAACAGCCAGUAACGUCAUACUUUUUACUAUAUUUUUCGAUGGGGGAUGCAGAAAGCAAUGUUCAACCCUCGAAAAAGAGGGCUGCUGGAAGAGAACUAUCUCGAGAUAACCCUGGUCUUGAUGAUGAUGAGGAGGGGUCAUCUGAACAAGAGAUGGGAACCUUCAAGAGGGCGAGUGAAGAGGUGCUGGCAGGUAGAAGAAUUGUUAAAGUUCGUCGUAAUCAGUCAUCAACAACUCCUUCAGCCCCAUCUUCUAACCCUUUUGCUGGAAUCCGCUUGGUUCCUCCAAAUUCUGGUGCUACUACGGCUCAUUUCACUGCUGAAGCUGACAGUGGAAAAAGUGUUGCUGAUAAUGAGGUAAAAACUGUCGGAAGCGAGGAAAUAGAUAAUAAAUCUGAUGAGAACGAGAAUGAAUUAGAGAGUAGAGUCAAUGAACCAGACACAGGAACUAUUGGAGAGAAGGAGAACAAUUAUAAUGAAGAGGGGCCAAACAAACUUGAAGUUGCAGAUGACAAGGCUGGGAAAGUAACGAGCAGUGAAAACAACAUUGAGAAGGAUGACAAGGAAAAUGCUGAAGUCAAGGAAUGCGACAAUGAGGAUAGAAAGGAUGAUGACAAUGCAAGUGUUGACAAGAGUGGAGAAGCUGCAUCUUUCAGCUCCUUUCAGCAGCUUUCAAGCAGCCGAAAUGCUUUCACUGGCCUUUCUGGAACUGGGUUUUCCAGUUCCACUUUCUCCUUUGGAUCACUUGGUUCUGGUUCUGGUUCUGGUUCUGGUUCUCUUUUUGGAUCAAAAGUUGACUCGCCUUCUUUUGGAUUUGGCCUUUCUAAUAAUGGAAGUUCUUCUCUCUUUGGUUCGUCAGGGGCUUCCACUAUCACUAAGAGCGAGGGAAGUGGAUUCUCUUCCAUGCAGGAGGUUCCUGUGGAGACAGGGGAAGAGAAUGAGAAGCCUGUUUUUGUAGCUGAUUCAGUGCUUUUUGAGUAUCUUGGUGGAUCCUGGAAGGAGCGGGGGAAGGGGGAGCUCAAAGUAAAUGUUCCAACAAGUGGGACAGCAAAAGCCAGACUUGUUAUGAGAACACGAGGGAAUUACCGGCUGAUUCUGAAUGCUAGUCUUUAUCCUGACAUGAAGCUGACUGAUAUGGAAAAGAAGGGCGUCACUUUUGCCUGUGUGAAUAGCAUAGGUGAUGGAAAAGAUGGUCUUUCUACUUUUGCUUUGAGGUUUAAGGAUGCUUCCAUAGUUGAUGAGUUUCGAGCUUGUGUCAUAGAACAUAAAGCCACCCAGUUACUUUGAAGACCCCAGAAAAUUCUCCCAAGGCAUCUGAUGGAUAAUGCUGAUGCUUGCUCACAAUCCUACCUCCAGAAGCAUAAUUUCUUUCCUUUUUAGAUUUUGGUCAAAAAUCCGAGGGAGCAAAAGACCAAAUGGAAGAGUAAAUUGGUUAGAGAGGUUUUCUAUCCAUAGUGCAUGUUUGGAGACAUUUCAUAUACAUUUGAUGGCUGUUUCUCUUGUAGCCCUUUGUAAGAGCUCUCUGGCUUGUACUUUAGCGAGUCCUGACUUUUGGUUAUUGUAUGGUUCUGGAGAUGAGAAUAUUAAAGAUGGAUGUAUCGUUAGAGUUGCGUCAACCUGCAUAAUCUUAUGGCAUUGCAAGUUAAUUA